GAAAAGAAAAUUUUGACACUAGCCAUGAGUCACAGCCAGGGUUACCUCGACGAGGCCUUGACGGUCGAGGUAGAUCCGAACCUAAGGGGAAGUCACCAGUUCCCAGAGUCAGUUCCGGAGACGCUCACGCGACCUCCGGACAUUGCCUCACUCCGCCAGUGGGGUCAGUUGAAGAUCCCGUCCGGAAAGCAUGCAGGAAAGACCUUCUCGGAGGCCCAUCAGGACUUGGGCUACCGUCACCAGGUGUGGAAUCGUCGAGCAGUCUCAAGCUGGCUGCGCAGUUUUCAGAUGUACUGCAGAAUGGUUCAACACAUGAGGCCCGACGAGACUGCGAUGUCGUCCACACAGGUGAUCGCCGAACCCGUGAUGGCCCAGAGUCCACAGCCAAACAAGGCAGCCAAGCCCAUCACCAAAGUCAAGGAGGCCAUGAAUCAAACCCGACCAUCGACAACCGUGGGCAAGUGGAUCGAAGUCGAGAAGUCCAAUCAGGUGGCAUCGAGUCAGGGUCGAGUGAACAAACGGGGAAGCACCACAGCUUCGUCCAAUCGUAUGAGUACCGAGGCCGACCCCGAGAAGAUUCAGAAGCUGCGGACCCAGAUAGCCAUUCUCGAGAGAGAGUUGGCCAACGAGCUCAAGAUCCCCGACGACAGCAGCGACGAGAAGUUGUAUGGGAAAUUUGCGAAUUUGAACAUGUCCAAGGGAAUAAAGGCAUUUGAAAAGAUCACCCAGAAGGCUGGUACCGGGGAAGUUGUAGAGGAUGAGUUGAUGAACCCUGAAGGGGAUGGGGAAGGGGGUUCUGAAUCUUAUCCUCCGGAGGGAGGUGAGUCAGCAUCACCUGAGGGCAUUGAGUUUCGAGACAGUCUCAGACGCAGAGAGAUGGCCAGAAAGGCCUUCUUAACUGCCGACAACAGUAGUGCUCUGAGGAUUGUGGAUGAGGUCAUCCGAAGCUGCAAGAACUAUGUUCCACUGGAGGGCAUUCCGGAUGAUGGGCCAUGCGAUGAGAUGCCUGAGCCAAAUCAACCGCAGAUUAGUGCCAGUCUGAGUGAACUGCCCAGCCAACCGGAGGGUGAGAAUUUUCCGACCACCCUGGAGUGCUUACUCAUCCGUGAACGCCUCGAGGAAAAUUGCAGACUCCGUUGGAUCAAUAGCAAAGCUAUGCUGGCCGAUUGUCUUACCAAAAGUAUGGAUGGAGAAGUCCUCCGACGGGCACUGCAACUUGGGCGAUACGCCUUGUUCGACGAAAAUAAAGUCUUACAAGAAAGAGCUGACAAAAGGUUGAGCCGGGGCAAGGACUUCGUCUACUACCAGCUCUUGGACGAGACGGCGGAGGAUCAUCGACCUCGCGGUGUUUGGCUCGAUCCUGAACCUCGAGGACGUUCUCGAAGCCGCGACCGGCAACCUCCUGCUCUACGUCCUCCUGCUGGCCGAGCUCGACGUGGUCCUCGACCUGAUCUACCCGAGCCUGAACCUGAACCGGAACCGGGAUCUUUGACGCCCCGAUACCUGGGCUGGCCAAUCACAGGCAACAGCUCAGCAGGUUCGACAGAGGCUCGGCCUGAGUCCAUUGCCAACUUCUUGGUUCGUGAGAGCCUUUACUACGAGGAGUUCGUCGAGUCCCUGUUGGCUUUGAAAGAUGAACAACAAGGUGGAACGAUGAAGGAUGUCUUUGACUUCAGCGAGUCUUCUUCGUCUUCUGAUGAGGACGGCAAAGAUGAUGACGAUGAUGACAAGAAGAGUCGCAAAAGCAAAGCAUCUGAGAGUAAGACUUCUGAUGCCAAGGGGAGCUACAAGCGUGUUCCUACGGAGGAGCCUUCACAACAUCGUGGACCCCGAGGAGGUGAUUCAGUACCUGGCGACAGUCCUCAUGGAAGUCGACCUUUUUCUCGUCGAGCACCUCCAUCUUUGGCUGGUUCGGGUUCCUUCGACAGCUUCAUACUGAAGCAGCUUCGUGGUUGGAGAUUGCUCUCUGGAGCCUGUCUUAGCGCAGAAGAGUGGCGUGCUGUUUUGGCAUCCACAAACAACAAGUUGGACUACGAGAGUGUGAGCGUGGCUUUGACCAUCCUCUAUGACGACCAGAUCCAAUUUCAACGUGGUGGCCAUCAACAUCAAGCUCUUCAACGUGGCCCCCAACUUUUCUCUCUGGCUGAGGAUGAGGAUUGGUAUGGCGAAUCUUCUUGGUGGGAUGAUUGGGAUAGCUGGGCAAACUAUGCAGGCUGGCAUGAGGAUGAUGAGGAAUGGCCUGCUGACGAACCUGGCGCAGAUCCUGAACCUUCUGAUGACACCAAGAAGGAGAAUGAUGCAAUGGCUCAGCAGACAUGGGCCCAAGCUCACAAGUCGACACAGUUGGCAAAGAAGGACCGAGGCUUUGGAAAAGCUGCCGGCAAAGGUUCUUCUGAUGGUUGCCACAUUUGUGGCCACCCUGGACACUAUGCACGAGAUUGCCCUGAUCGACAAGCUCCAAAGGGCAAGGGUCGCAUGCAUCACAUGGGCUACUAUGAGGAUGACUCGCUCUAUGCUUUUCAGAAGGGCAAGGGCAAGUCGAAGGGCAAGUACGGCAAGAACAUGCACCUCAUGGAUGAGCUCUUCUACAUGAGGGGCAAGGGUUUUGGAAACAACAUGAAAGGCAAGGGCAAGAGUAAGACCAAGAACACUGGCGUUGUCAAUGCCUACUACGCUGACUAUGAGGAGCCCUAUGGGUACCAUGUCUUGGACUUCAAGGAGGAGGUCUUAGAUCUUCAAGCAGCAGCCACAGAAACCCCACCAAGGGCUGCUGAGAUCUCUUUGGCCUCCCUUGACAACAAGUCAAGCGCUGGGCCUUGUGGAAUGUUGGACAGCGGAGCCACAUGCUCUGCCGGACCAGAAUCUUCGAUCAAGAAUUUGGUCAGCGCUUUGCUGAAGCAGGACAAGUCAGCGAAGAUCCACAUCGACGGAAAAAGGUGCCCUCGUUUCAGAUAUGGAAGCGGCAAGUGGGGAAAAGCUCUUUUUCGUAUUUCAAUGGAAUCCAGUUUGUCAUCACACACUUUUCAUGCAUAUGCUCUACCUGAUCCUGAAGAAAGCAAGGAGCCAUGGUUUAACGACAGCAUGUUGGUACCGGUUUUGAUUGGCAUGGACUUCAUAGAGGAGAAGGAGCUCUACCUGGACUUCGAAAGGACUGUGACCGCAGAUCUUCGAGAUCCAAGAGCCAAGAGUCAUCAAUGGCCCUGCAUGGGGAAUCACACCAAGGCGAAACCCCAGUCCAACAAAUGGGGUCAGUGGACAAACUGCGCUGUGUGCGGUUUGCGCAUGGAGUACAUCCCCAAGAAAGGAGCACCAGCAUCCGACACUCAUCAACCGAACCCUGCGAUGGUGCUGAGGGCCUUGAAGGAACUACAACAACUUCUACCAGGCGGAGCUCUUCCCGAAGAAGCCCUGGUAAGAGUGGUGAUCGACAAGGUGGUGGCAGAAGAGAGGAUGACGACGCUGUUGGAGGAGUAUCAGCGUCAGCUGGAGACUGCAAAGAAGAAGGUGAUCAAGGGUCAACAGGCAAUGAUGACGGCGGGUCGUGGCCAGCCAAGCUCCGGAGUUCCAAGCGGAUAUCACCCGGAGAUGCCGACUUCUCCACCGAGAUCAACAACAAGCUGGGAGCAGGUGACACCUCAACAGUCACCACCACAACGCACUGCCGACGAGAUCAUGGAGCUGCUGACCCCAGAGGAGCGCAAUCAGCUGAUGCAACGAGUCCAACACAGGGCUGCACAGGACACCGCAGACUCCAAGAACGUGCAUCCUCUACCUCUUCGAGUAGGUCAGGCGAUGGUGAACACCAUGCACUACAUCCAUGAUGAGUUCAACGACGUCCUUGCGGAGACGGUCUAUGGCGACAAACCUGUGGUCUGGGAGGUCUUUUGCAGCCCAGAUUCUGAGCUCUCCCAUCAAUGUUCUCUCAAUGGCAUGGAAGCUGUUCGCAUCAACUUGGCGAAUGGUUUUGACCUCUACAAAGAGGAGUCAUGGAACCAGCUCUACAAGCUCUAUCGCAAGAAGCCACCUUCAAAGGCAUGGUUCAGCCCGAGAUGCACUUUCUACUGCGACUGGGUUGACUUGAACUACAAACAUCGACCAGAGGUCUUGGCAAAAUACCAGCGCAGAGAGCGCAAAAUGCUUCGUCAGAUGACGGACUUCAUGCUCUUCCUUGCGUCCAAGGGUGUCGAGAUCUACUGGGAAUGGCCUUUGAGAUGUCGUGGCUGGCGAGAGGCUGUGGUGCAGUCCUUCAUGCAGAAGUUCCAAGCACUCUAUGGCGAACUUUGGGAAUGUCGCAUCGAUGGAUGCCGGUUUGGUCUCAAAUCGGCGCAUGGCAACUUCAUCAAAAAGUCUUGGAAGGUGGUCACUUCGAGUCAAGAGUUUUACAACCGCUUCAGAUUGAAGUGCUGUCUGAACAAUCAUCAGCACGAAUGGAUAGCUGGUGUGGAAACCAAUCGAAGUGCCUACUAUCCAGUUCAAAUGUGCCAGAGCAUUGCAAGGUGCUGGCGCUCUCUCUUGAUGCCUGCUCGAUGGACAAGGAUGCUGUGGACAGCCCCCGUGGAAGGAGUGGAUCCUUUUUGUGAGGCUCUCUACAUCCAGAACGAGAUCUACACGGAGUCCGAGGGCUGGCUACAUCCUGCAGAAGUUCUACCUCCUUGCGGAGACCUACCUUCUGAGGCUGAGGAGCGAGAAAGAGACCAACCUGAUGCUGAUCUACCUGGACAUGCUGAGGAGAUCAAAACAACUGAGGAUGAGGAUUACAAAGAUGUGACACCUCAAAUGUUGACCAGGUGGAAAGCGCAGCUCUCAAAGUUCCACCGUGCGGCUGGUCACCCGACGUCAAGAAAUUUGGCGCGGAUGUUGACUGAUGCCCAAGUAGAAAAAUGGAAGGUGAAGGAAGCCCUGAAGUACCGAUGUGCCAUUUGUGAGGAGCAGAAACCUGGUGGGAAGUCUUCGAAGCAAGUUCCCCCUAUUUCCUUGCGUCCACUGCCACAGGCUUGGGAACACCUUGGAAUCGACAUUGGCGAGUGGGAGGUUCCAACACAGAACCUCAAGGUUAAAUUCAUCCUCCUGAUGGACAUGGCAACACACUAUCGUGUGACGGAAGUUUUGGCCUCCUACGCCUUUGGAGAGACCUAUGUGGAAACCUCCAAUGACGUUAUUAAGUGCCUCAUCAGCCGCUGGCUUAUGGACAAGCCACGACCGAAGAUUUUGAUCCCUGACAAUGCCAACACCUUGAUUUCUCAACAAGUCAUCGAACUGAUGGCUGAUCUUGGCAUUGCUGUGAUGCCUCCACCUGACAACGAAAGUUGGGCACAUGGAGUGGUCGAACGAAACAUUGGCCACUUGAAAGAAGCUGCCUCAAGGAUUCACAAAUCAACUCCCGACAUGGAGCCUGGACAUGCCAUUGCUUUGGCGACUGCUGCCUUGAACUCAACAGAGUUUGUUCAAGGAUACAGUAGCAUCCAAUGGGCCUUUGGUCAUCAAGCCACACUUGGUGACGAUGAGUUGAGGCAACAACUUUCACUUCCAGUGGAGCGUCAGCAAGAUCAAUUUCUACAACUUCUGACUCAACGACAAGUGGCUGAAGAACAUGCACGCAGAGCCAAGGCAUCCCUGAUGAUGUCCAAGCUGCGGAACACCUCGAUCCGACAGCCUGUUCGACAUCGUCACACCACUCGACCUCGUUGGGUUGGUCCUGGCCGAGUUGUUUUCCAUGAACUGGUGGCUGGUCAAGAUGAACAAGACCGACGCCAGAUCGUGUGGGUCAUCUUGGGCAACAUUCUCUAUCGCGCUUCUGUCCAUAGUGUCAGAACUCUUUCAGAACGUGAACAAGCGAUUUUUGAAGCUCAAGGUGAUGAAUCUCACCGUUGGAAGCAUCUCACUGACAUGAUUCCUCGACGGAACUAUGUGGACCUCGAGGGUGAGGAGCCUAUGGAUGGUGAGAUUGAAGGACCCUUCCUGCCGGACAAGCCCAACACUGAGACCGUGAUUGGUCCCAAGGUGCGCUUCAACUCCAAGUACCGAAUGGACGGUGUUGGUCGACCUCUAUAUGCCGAUGGAACACCUGUGUCUUUUCGACCACUUCCUGCAGAUCCACAACAAGAGAUUGGCGAUGACAAGGUCAAUGACUACGAGUCCGAGGGCUAUUCACCCGACUACGAGCAGGACGUUCCUCCAGUUCCUGCUGAAGAAGCGAUCUUUGAUGGUGAUCCACCUGAAGCACCUCUGAGGAGAUUUUCAACGUCUUCAAGAACACCUCUUACUACAGCGAUUGAUGACACAGAGAAUGCGGAGAAUGCCGAGCCGGAGUUGGAUGACACAGCCCCUGUUGAACCUGAUCUCAAGAAGUUCAAGGCUGACGAGGAUGAGGACCCAGGUGAUGGACUCUAUUUGGACCUCAACCAGGCCAUUCUUGAGACCAACGAAGCUUAUGUCUUUGACUUGGAGCUGGACUGGUCCUCCAACCGGCAACGUAAGAUGUUCUUGAGGGAUCCUUCGGCCUAUUUGGUGAAGAAGAUCAACUCCUCUGAGGUGGUCUACCGCAAGCUUUCAGAUGAAGAUCGAAAGCUGUUCGAUCAUGCAAAAGCCUCUGAAGUUUCUUCCUUCAUCAAGACGGCUGCAGUUCGCAGGUGUCUUUCACAGGAAGAGGCAAAACGUGCUGCACAAUCGGACCGAGUGCUACGAACGAAGGAGAUGGAGCAAGAGGAGCUCUACACAAGUGGCGUUCCUGAACUGAAGAAGUUCGUGAAGGGCGUCAUUGGCACAGACAGCCGUGGAGGUUUCGAUGCAAUCAACAAGAACGAGUCCCCGCUUCUGGGAUUGAGCAACGUGCGAAGCGCUCUUCAAGCUUUUCAGUUGCGCGAGCAGUUGCAGGAGCCAAAGCGCCGUGACACAAAUGCGCCAACUGGCAUCUUUAGUCCCUUCCUGCUACCUGGAUCAAUUCGACGG